AUGGCAACAUCUUUUACCAAAAGUACCAAAACUGCCAAGUACCAAAAACUUGUUACUGCUUGUUCUUCAUUGAUUGGCUCAUGUAAAAUCGCUUCUCCAAACGAAUGUAAUUCUACUUAUUCAAAUACUUUAUUAACCUAUAAAUAUAGUAACUAUUACAGAGCAAUUGAUACAACCAAAGAAAAUGAAAUUGGCGAGCAGAAGGGUUAUCUUUUCCCUGUGAUCACUGAUUCAAUAUCUAAAAAGGAUUAUCGACAAGGUAUAGUGAAAUUUCUGCUGUCAAGCGGAAAUUUUAUGAAAGUCGGGAAAACAACAACAAAACUCGAAUCUACUUCACAAUAUUGCGUGGUUGCGAAAUCUGGCAAAAAAGGGGUAGAAUAUAUCAUGACAAUUGGCAAUUUUAAUAAACUUAUUCUUAUCAUUCGCUCAUCCUAUGCAUUCGCUAUUCUAAUAGGACCCUACCAUUACUGCAUCCAUUUCUGCUAA